AUGCGGCCAGGAGAGUUCAACCAGCGGACCAAGAGUGCCGUUGAAGAAGCCCUGAGGACCGACUCGAGCCUUAAGGAAGAGGUCGAGCGGAUCAGGAAGAAGUUACGGAAGGCCCGUUUCGAGGAGAGAAAGACGAAGGAGGAUGUUACUGUCACAGAGCAGCUGGAUUGA